UAGCGCUUAAAUAUAGGUGUAAUUCAUUACCGGAAACCGUUUGCCCCGUAUUUCAGCAGCGAAAGCUGAGUCAUUUGCGGCACCCUUUUGCCUCUGCGACACCUUUCAGGACUUCCGAGGGCUCUUCUUUUCAGACCUUUCCUGCCACAGGGGUUGAAUCCUGCGCACAACAUUCCCGCUAUGGAGGCAUAUUCAAUUUCUGGCUUGAGGACAAGGGGCAUCCACGUUGCGCGUCAGGGACCGCUGCACAUUCCGCAAUGCCGUCACAUCAGCAAGAGGAAGUGCGCCGUGGCCGCCGCUCCCCCGGAUCCGGGCUCAACAGCACCGUCUGAGCCCAAGUCAGCAAUUUCUCCGACGCCUGCCUUCAUCAGCUCUCCUGCGACCGGAAACAUUGUACCCUUUAAUACUUCUCCUUCCGUCACAGCCAAAGAUGGCACGGUCUCCAAAGCCAAACAGGCGCCAAUGGACGGUAACGAAGCAACUGCUCAAAUCGCCUACGCGGUCUCGGACGUCUCUUUCAUUUACCCUAUCACCCCUUCAACGAACAUGGGCGAGUUCGUUGACCAAUGGGCUUCUGAGGGCCGCCGCAAUGUGUUUGGGAAUGUGAUGAGCGUCACGGAGAUGGAGAGCGAG